AUGUCCGACAAUUCUAAGCGCGGGCGCUCGAACGGGACGUGGAUUGCAGAGUUAGAUAUAUGUCUUGCAAAGGGUGCUGAGAUCCCGGAAGAUGACACACAUCUCCUCGAACGUCUCGCUCGGAAUGAGACGCCCUCGAAUCUACGAUCCGAGACAUGUCUCUCUCUAGCCGCUAACUGGCUAAACAAAUGCUCUCGGGAGCACGCAGAGUGCGAUUCAGACAAAGAUAAACCGGCCUUUCUUCCCACACGGGUCAUCGAUGUUGGGAGUCUGAGCACACCACCUCAUUUACAUGUUAGUGGGGACAGCGAAACCGGGAAAUGGGUGGCACUGAGCUAUUGCGGGGGCGCGGACUCAUCCUUCACUCUCAAUGCCUCAUCUUUUGACAAUCUCCGCAGCGGACUGCCACUGUCAGACUUCCCACCCACUCUACAGGAUGCUGUCCUCGUGACAAGGGCACUGGGAGUUCGGUACCUAUGGAUCGACGCUCUAUGCAUCUUUCAAGAUAAUACCAAUGAGUUGACGGCUGAAGCGUCGAGAACGAGCCAUGUUUAUAGCAAUGCGGUUGUCACUAUUGCCGCUACGAGCGCGGAAACAGUAAACGACGGGUUUUUAGACAAACGGGAACCGCAUUUUAACUGCUCUUUCCCUUGGCGUCGACAAGAUCACCCCGAGAGCGUCAAGGAUGGUUGUCGCACGUACCCAGUCUUCUUUCGAAAUGGUAGAAGUCCCCUCAACAAAGACUGGCCAAGGGAUUCGCGUUGGGCCACCAGUGGCUGGACGCUCCAGGAGGAGCUGCUGUCGAAACAAGUCUUGUAUUAUACGAAACGAGAGAUGAUCUGGCAAUGCCGCUCUGGGAAAGCUACCGAGCCAGAAGAGGAAUUUACACGCGAUCCCACACUGUUCUCAAAGUUAAAAGGGCUUCUAGCUGGCUCAGAUAGUUCCGAAGACUCCAAAAGGUCUAUGGCGGCUAUAUACAAAGCUUGGUACGAGCUACUCGAAGAAUAUACAAGGCGAGAUCUCACAUCCAUGGAUGAUCCUUUGCCAGCGAUCGGGGCAAUAGCCGAGUCCUUCGAUACUCAGUUAAAAGAGCAGUAUUGCGCAGGAUUAUGGAGGGGCGAUCUCUUAUUUGGCUUACUAUGGAGCUUCCACUGUAGCAGCGGUGGCUCGGGGCCGCCUGGUAGAGUUCUUCGACGCGCCCUGCUUCGACUUUUCGAUUACCAAGACAAACAUCCUACACUACCUGCUAGGCAAAUACCAACUGGUGUUUCUAAGGGUCGCGGGCCGUCGUGGAGCUGGGUGGGAGCCGACGAUUUUGCCGGUAUAACCUGGCCCCGGGAGAGUGGUACCUUCGACUACCUUGCAAAGGUCGUUCGUGUUGAGGUUCGCGACAAGCUUCACGACGAGUUCCGCUCCGUAGAAGGCGCGGUAUUAGCCUUGGACGCACCUUAUCGACACGUCCAUUUGAGACUUGGUACCUAUUCGAAAUCCCCGCGGAACCCUAUAAGUUUAAUACAGAGAGCCUUGACGCGGCUCAGUCCGUUGGCACGUACAAGGAAGUUAGCGGAGAUCGCCCUGAUGAGGCCAGACUACCUCGCAGCGACGACAACCAGCGGCUCCGUCAUCGUUCCGAGCAGCAGCACGGAGUUCACGCUGGUCCAGCUUGCAAAGACGAGUAUAGGGCCUCGGCCAGUACUUUAUGUUCUCGUUUUACAGCGACAUAAGAGAUACAAAACAAACAGUGUGGGGCCACAACGUUAUCGUAGGGUUGGGUUGCUGCGGCUUAUGCCUUCACAGCCAGACAAUGAUGACUAUAUAGGGGAGGCGAUGACAGAUCUUCUGGAAGGUGCUGCGUAUCGUGAAGUUACCAAGAAGGAGUGGCCGGUUGGAACCUUUGUAAUCGAUUGA